UCUCCCCUCCCUUGUCUCUCUCGCUCACCAACUCUCACCACCAGUAGUAUAUGGGGAACCCCUACACUAUCUGUCCAUCUCCUGAGACAAAGUGUGGAAUGUGUUCUAUAAUGGGCGCCCCAAUCGUACAUGUGUUGGUGCUAAUGGCCGUCAUGGCCGCCCUGCCUGGCCCUGGAAUGUGUCAGAUAAACAGCACCACAGACGAGGGAGAGAAGAACUCCCUACCCCCAGACCAGGGCCUGGUCCUCCACAACACCCACAUCACCCUCCAACCCCUGGGCUUCCACAGCACCAGUAGCCCCUUCCUGGAGCAUGGGAGCCCCAUCUCCACCAGGGGCCACCAGGGGCCGCAAUGGCCCAGGGUCGGAGCUGGAUCUGGGGCCACAAACAUCACCAGGAUAAGGGCCCCUCCACCAUGCACCAUCGCCACUUCCAUUCAAGGCUAUUUCAAAUACAUCAACACAGUGAUUUCUAUCAUAGUGUUUGUGGUGGGCAUAGUGGGCAAUGCCACCCUGUUGAGAAUUAUCUACCAGAAUAAGUGCAUGAGGAACGGGCCCAAUGCCCUCAUUGCCAGCCUGGCGCUGGGAGACCUCAUCUACAUCACCAUAGAUAUACCCAUCAACGUCUACAAGCUCCUUGCCACCAUUCCCUUCGAUGACAAUUCCUUUGGGCUGUGUCUGUGUAAGCUGGUGCCAUUCCUACAGAAGGCCUCUGUGGGCAUCACCGUCCUCAACCUCUGUGCCCUAAGCUCGACAGGUCAGUCACCUGUACCACUGCUGAAUUCCAAAUCAACCAAUGCUUGCACCCUUGUUCAAGUGUCUAACCUUGUCCCCUUCCAGUCCUGCCUGUGUUGUUGGUGCCACUCGGAUGCCACAGUGACCAGCACGGGACAAAACGGGAACGGGACCAGUAUCCAGUGCAAGAGCCCAGAGCCRGCCAACCUUCACACGGARCGCAGCCUACGCAAAGACAGUGACUGACCACCACAGGAGGUGACGCCCCCUAUGGACGAGGAGGUCUCACUACAACUACAGCCAGUCUGCACUAAACACAAUGGACUCUCAACUCAAUAGGACCCCCAUGCUAAACCGCUAUGGCGUGACAAACAGAGAGAGAGUCACACGUUUCAAACACCAUCACACGUUUCUUUUACAGAACACUGCUGGGCAGCUCUGGAGCCUGACG